AGAAAUCACAGUUAGUCUCAAACACAUAGGAAAGUGUCGGUCCUAUUACUAUCCGAUGCACGAUCAGCUUUUGAGGGGGUAGAGGGAAGUUGUCGGCCAUUUUGAUUGUGACGCGCAGCGCGGAGGUCGUGGGCUCCACCAGUGACGAAGCCACUGGAGUUUUGACGUGGCUGCUACGUACCUGCCUGUUUGCCCACUCCGAUUGCAGCAAAGUUGGUGACGAGAAAUACGUAACUGUACAAUCAGUUUUACGUCUGCUAUGGAAUAUGCCGUAAAAUAUGGCGCCUUAAGGAAGAUGUACGAAUUUCUCGAAAAGGGCAAUGGGGGUUACGUGAUGAUUCUGACAUCUCUUUUCAUCGCUAACCGACACAUCGUGAUAUUAAUUGAUCUGCUUAUGUAAAUGACGCAGUAACACCGCCGAUUGCUGACUGGCGGGAAAUUUAAAACUUUUGCACUUUAAUGGAUAUCCCCAAUUUUGAGUUGAAUACGUUUUCGAUUCUUGGUCCUACUUGUUCUGAUGAUGUUUAUCUUUAGUCUGGAAGUCGAUUCGUGAUACUUCAAGGUUUGAGGUUCCCAGGCUAUGGAAAGUAUGGUUGAGGAAAAUGGAUCAGCUGUUGACCCAUUGUCUACGGGUUCUCAAAGCGGUGAUGCAGCACCAGCAAUAGCUACAUCGGUACAAUCUCUCAAUAGAACACAGCAGCAAACGCAUCAUCUGGUAGCUUCUACCAGCAUUGUGCAAUUGACACUACCUACGUCAGGGGCAACACAGGUACAAUCUGUUAUACAACCAAAUCAACAAUCAGUUAUUCAGACUGCAACAAACAUUCAACCUGUCGCUAUUUCAAAAGGAAAUGUCAUACUUGUCAGUAAACCCAACUCAGUUAUACAAACAGCCCAAGCAAGUUUACAAACACUUCAGGUGGUCGAGACUGGUAGUGAUGAUAGUUUCUCAGAUUCAGAAGAAUCUCCAGAACAAAGGGGUGGUAUUCUCACCAGACGGCCAUCUUACAAGAAAAUUCUUAAUGACUUAGGUGGUGGUGAAAUUACAGACGGUCGAUUGCCCCCUCUAGAAUCAUCUUCUGAGUGUGAUUCUAACGUGGACAGUGAAGUGUCUUCCCAUUCGCUUCAUUAUCAGACAGAAUUUUCUGCUGGCACCAUUCAAAUUGCUACCCAAGGAGAAGGUGUACCUGGACUUCACACACUAACUAUGAGUAAUGCAGCAACAGCAGGAGGAGCUAUAGUACAAUAUGCACAGGGUCAAGAUACACAAUUUUUUGUCCCAGUCUCUGACAAUGUUCCAGCUUAUACAGGACAUGGUGUUGUAGUAGAAGAUGCAGCUAGAAAAAGAGAAUUAAGGUUGCUUAAAAAUAGACAAGCAGCUCGCGAGUGUAGAAGGAAAAAGAAGGAAUAUAUAAAGUGUUUAGAAAAUCGUGUUGCAAUACUAGAAAACAGAAAUCAGACAUUAAUAGAAGAACUCAAAUCGUUAAAACAAUUAUGCGAACCGAAAACUGACUGAGGUUGGUGUUCAAUGUUAAAACAUUGUAUGAAAACUAUUAACCUGUUAAAAAACUUGUACAUGUCUUCUUUGUGUACAUUAUCCUAAAAAUUGUUAGGUAAGCAAUGGUGAUGUACAUGCAUUCUUAUAAAUAAGUGUUUCUGUAACAUACUGUAUUUAAAAUGCAAAUAUGAAGGCUUGUGAAACUUGCUAUUACUAAAGCGAGAAGUCAAAGGUAUAUGAAAUGCAGAGGCAGCAAACUUAUAGGCAAUAUUCUGGAAGUCAAUCUAUAUUUUGGAUAAACUUAACAAUCAUAUGAAUUCAUGUUAUUAACAUUUACAUAUUCAAAAUAUGUGUUAAUAACGAAAUAAUAACAUUAGUGUUGGAACAUAUUCAUUUAGAUUACAGUAACUAUGUGAUGUUGAAUGAUAUACCCGGAACUGGUUUACUUAUACAUAAACAUUGUAUUCGUGUAGUUUCAUUCUACCUGGAAAGACUUCACAAUAGUCAAAUAUCGUCAGAAUUACAAGAAAAAGAAAACAAGAGAGUAUGUUUAGUAGUCAAUUUAAAGUAAAUAAUUGGUCGCUAAUUACACAUAUUUGCGAGAAACGCCUUAUACACAAUAUUUGCUAGUGUAACUUAGAAAUUAGAUAUAAUUACGAGCUAAAAUCACAUAGUUUCUGCAUAAAAAGAAGAGCAUAGUUAGGCAACAGUGUCUAUAUUACUUUUUUCUUUCUGCAGUUUCUUUAUUCUUUUAUACUUCAAA